GUGAAAGUACCAAGAAUCACUUACCCGGAGCUGAACACUGAUCAGGAGAUACGAGCUUCAUUAAUCCUUUUCUCGGGAUUUGAGCGAAAUAGAUGGCGACUUCAAACAAGCAGCUGACGUCGUUUUUCAUAGAGGACAUUUUGUCUUUAAAAGAUGAUAAGAAGGACGAUUCGUGGAGAUCUGAAAACAACACAGACGACAGCGCAGACAGACAAACAGAUUCAGCAGACAUCUCGGUUUGUCGCAGCUCUGAGGAUAAAACUGGGUCGUUGACAGAGAUGACGAGCGGCGGGAAGAAGAAGCGCUCGCGCGCCGCUUUCACUCACCUGCAGGUGCUCGAGCUCGAAAAGAAGUUCAGCCGUCAGCGAUACCUGAGCGCUCCGGAGCGCGCGCACCUCGCGAGCGCCCUGCGCCUCACUGAGACUCAGGUGAAAAUCUGGUUCCAGAACAGAAGAUAUAAGACCAAACGGAGGCAGUUAACGACAGAUGGAAAUGAGGAGUACUUUCAAAAAUCAGACGGGACUAUUGUGUCUGCUGCUGCUGCAGCUGCUGCUGAGGAGGACUUUAUCAGAGCGUCAAUUUUAGCCACAGUGUACAAAUCUUAUCCUUACAGGCCUUACCUGUAUGACUCACGCGGACUGAAUGUAUGGAGACCAGCACUGUGAUAAAAGGACAUUAACUUGGACUUGAUGAAUGUUUUUUUGUGCAUAAUAUUCUUUAUAAUUAUGACUUUGUGUUUAUUCUGUACAGCUUUGUAUUCUGUAUAAUAAAAGUAUAUUUUUAAAAUGCG